UAAUGAAACUCUCAAUUAGAAAUACAUAAUAGAGAGAAUAUCUAUUAUUUAUGUUGUACAUAUCUAGUGUUGCCCUUAAAUACAAGAGAUAUGCAUCUUAUACAACUUGACAGCUAAGAACAAACAAAAUGCCAAACCAACCGAUCAAUCAUAUGGAUAGGACAUUUGAAGUUUCGACAGAGGAUUACAACAAAGCAGUGGAUGAUCUAGUAAACGUGAACAAACUGUUCACCCUAGCAGUGUUCCUGGGUUUAGCCCUGGCAACGGGUCAGCAGCGAAGCCUGGAGAAUCGGGCAGAGUGCGACGCAGGAACAUUAGUGACGGAGAGGCUAAUUGUGUUCGAGGUACUGUCCUUCAGUUGCUUCCUUUCAUCGACCGUUGUGGCCAUGGCAGUCAAGCUUCAUCUCAACAUUUACGGUGGUGGUUGGAAAUUGAAACACAAGAUUAGGGAAAUGAUGGUGUUUGUAGCAGGGUUGGCCACGUUUUUUGCUUAUUUUUUCUUGAUGCUUUCGAUGGUUGAUAUCAUCCAGAUUCGGUUGGGGAAACUGUCGUGCAAGGGUUCCAAGUCUCUCGGAGCAGCCGUGUCCGUGAUUUCUAUUGUUUCUUCUGCUCUGGUCGUCUUUAUGUUUCUCAUGUUGCCUCCUUUAUACACAGCCAUCUCCCAUAUUAAAAGCUAGAAGCAGAGCAAUAUAGCUACAACUAGAAUAGAACCUCCAAUAUAUAUAUACAUAUAUAUUUAAUAAGUUGUCAAAAUAAAUAUUAAAAAACGUUUGGAUUCAUUCUAGCCAGCUAUGUUUGGAUCCAUGCGAGACCUAAUUCUAUAUGCAAUUAGAGAUGGAUGCAAAGUCCAAGAGGUGGGAGACCAUGGGAGACAAGGGUGAUGGGGGUGAUAUAGAUGGAUUGAAAAUGGUUGCCCACUUUAAGGAAGAAAACAAACUCUCUUUUGACAAAGGUGGCAAAGAGAUGAUAAUGGAGGAUCAUACAGGGCUGAGGGAGGGUCUAUCUAAUAAGAACUAUUUGAAUUGGGCAUGACUCACACGCUUUCAUCAAAAAUUCUACAAAUUAUCCUGUUUUUCCAAGUUGUUUGAAAUAUUGUGUCCUAGCAGGAACAUGCAUGUGUGUA